CGGUUUACUUAUUUGUACGGUUUACCGUACCGCGUACGUAAUUUCCUUAUGCUGCAUUACAGCAGUUUGCUGCCGAACAUCAUGGCGUUGAGAACUUCUUGUAAUUUAAUCAUUCAUCGGAGUAUUUCUUGCCGUCUGUGUAAUCGCAAACAAGACCUAUCAAAUCUGUUUAAAGUUUCUGAUAUUUCGAGAAAUUCCAGAGCUCAGCAUUUACUGCGACAACAUUCAUUUGUACCAUAUGAUUAUGGUACUCGUCAAAAUGUUUGUACGGAUUCUGCGUCUGGACUGCCCCUGAAUUCCGGCGGUAGGGAUUGUGGAGUGACAGAUACCCUCGGUGGUUCUUGUGCUGCUAGCUCUACAUUAGACCAGCAGGUCAAAGUCAAAGUAAAGCUGCAGAGGAGCGGACCAACACUUCAUGAUUUCAUUGCAGAUAGUUAUCGCCAAAAUACUGAAGUUGAAGUUCCUGUCAGACAUGAGAGUAUACCAUAUUUAUCAGACAAUGUUGGAGAAGGCAAAUCAAGAAGAGUAUACUUUGAAACCUAUGGAUGCCAGAUGAAUGUGAGUGAUACUGAGAUUGCAUGGGCAAUACUUGAGAGGAGUGGGUUCCAGAAAGUUGAAGAUAUAUCUAAUGCUGAUGUUAUUCUUGCUGUUACGUGUGCCAUCCGUGAGAAUGCAGAACAGAAGAUUUGGAACAGACUCAAGUAUUUUCAGUCUCUCAAGAACAACAGAAGGAAAGGAGAAACCCCACUUAAGAUUGGAGUACUUGGUUGUAUGGCAGAAAGGUUAAAGAAGAAGCUUUUAGAACAGAGCAAGACAGUAGACAUAGUGGCUGGACCUGAUGCUUAUAGAGACCUCCCAAGGCUUUUGACCGUUGCUAGGUCAGGCCAGGCUGCAAUCAAUGUCAUGCUAUCUAUGGAUGAGACCUAUGCUGAUGUCAUACCUGUUAGGUUGGAUACGAAUUCAAAGUCGGCUUUCGUAUCAAUAAUGAGAGGUUGUGAUAACAUGUGUAGCUACUGCAUAGUGCCAUUCACACGUGGCCGGGAGAGAAGUCGUCCAAUCAGUUCCAUUAUAGAUGAGAUACAAGCCCUUUCAGAUCAGGGAGUGAAGGAAGUCACUUUGUUGGGUCAAAAUGUGAACAGCUACCGUGAUGUAUCUGAAGAGAACUAUUACAACAAUGCUGACCUAGAGGGUACUACAACCAGCGAACCAACCAGGUUAGCUCGUGGAUUCAAAUCCAUCUACAAGCCUAAGAAAGGCGGAAGACGUUUUGCCGAUCUUCUAGAGAAAGUUGCGAUGGUUGACCCUGAGAUGAGGAUCAGGUUCACUUCUCCACAUCCCAAAGAUUUCCCGGACGAAGUUCUCCAUGCAAUUAGGGAUUUCCCCAAUAUCUGUAACCAGCUUCAUUUACCAGCACAGAGCGGUAGCACCAAAGUAUUACAUAGUAUGAGAAGGGGAUAUAGCAGAGAGUCCUACCUAGAGCUGGUUGAUCAUGUACGUUCUGUCAUACCGGGUGUGGCCCUUAGCAGUGAUUUCAUUGCUGGAUUCUGUCGAGAAACAGAGGAAGACCACAAAGACACAAUGUCAUUACUUCAUCUUGUAAAAUACAACUAUGCUUUUUUGUUUGCUUACAGUAUGCGACAGAAAACCCAUGCCUAUCAUAAGAUGGAGGAUGAUGUUCCUGAAGAGGUAAAGCAGAGACGACUUACAGAAAUGAUAACAGUUUGUCGUGACGGGAUGUCUGAUAUCAAUGCUAUGCAAGUUGGAGCUAAACAGCUGGUGCUAAUAGAGGGGACUAGCAAGAGAUCCGAGAGAGACUUAGUGGGUCGUAAUGAUGCAAACACUAAGGUAGUCUUCCCUAAUAUACCUAUCCCAUCAUGCAAUGGAUAUCACCAUGGUAACAACCAGUCUAUGAAAUCAGGGGACUACAUUGCAGUUGAGAUCACUGAAGCCAAUUCACAAGUUUUGAAGGGGACACCUCUUUAUCACACAACAUUAGUAGAUUUCUCAUCAAGGGAUCGUAAUCAACAAAGGAUCAACUAGGAUCAUUUCUAAAACAGCUGGUCGCUGUUCAUCCAAACUGUUGUAUCAGUCAAUAUUGGUAAAAAACAAUGAUUUUGAGGGGGGGGGUUUGCUGAAAAUGAAAGUACAAUUGCUGUCCUAACUGAAUUUCUAAGCCAGCAAUUGUUUUUAGUUCCUGAGAUAUGAGGGGAUUUCCAAAGCAAUGCCAUACAAAUUGUUGAUGAAAUGUGCAAAUCCCAUUGGAAACGUGUACUGUAGCAAAGCAAACAGCACUUAAUGAACAGUCAGCCAAACCGUUGCAUCGGCGCUACAUUGACUUUGCACGUCAACAAGCGAUAAAACAUUUGACUGACCGUGCACAUUGAAAUCGCGGUCAGGGUUGUUGUAUACCAUAUGGCGUCUUUGUACAGGAAAAUUCUAAAUUGCUCAAACCAAAAUUACAAGCAUGUAGUUCUUUUGCGAUAUUUUCUCUAAUCCCAAUUUCAAGCAAUUGUCUUGGUCUUUCUACCCAUGUAUUUUUACUAGCAAUGAAUAUAUUGUAAGGCUUGGGAACUACAUGUAGGUGUGAAAGUUAUAGUAAAUUUUGAAGUCGAUUUUCCUAUCAUCCGAACCGUCGUAUGUGUGACCGCUGACGAUAUAAAGGCUCAGUCUCAUAUUAAUAUCUAAGACUUCAUAUUAUGAUCAUGACAUUUAUGAUCUAAAUAAAUAGACAUUAUUUGGUCUGAGAUAUAUGUAGUGCAUCUCAUUAAAGCAACUGAGAUGUGGAUAUAUAUCAGACAAGAAGUCUGCUUUGCAAUACUAUAAAACCCAGAUAUUACCCCCAUCAACCAAUUGCAAAAAAAUUACAAAAACUGACUUUAUUACCCUCAACUUGGCAGGGUUCCAGGGAAAGGCUCAUAUAAUAGCCUCCUCCAUCUCAACAUCUGUUUUAUUUGUUUGCUUGACAUUCACUGACAAUUUCUUAAAUGAUGAAAAACAAAAUCCCAAAUUUUACUGCACAAUUUUUUAUUGAGAAAUCACGUACGAAUCUAUGAUUAUGUUUUGCAGAAGCGGUUUUGCUGUAAUCAAGAAUUUUGUCACUGUAUUUUCCAAUUUUCUUAAUCAAACCAUGAUAUAAAAAAAUGCAUGCUUUUAUGUGACUAUGUGAAUGAAUUUUUCAAUUGGUUUACUUACAGUCCUAUUUAGCCAUCAUCAGAUUGUGCUAACUAUUCAUGACAAUGACAGGGUAAGGCUGAAAUUGGCACAAACGUCACCCAUGAUGGAAUCUCCACAAUUCAAUUUUUCCCUAAAUUAUUGAAAUUUAUUUUUAAUUAGUUCUGGUAAUUAAUGCAUAUAAUUAUGAUUUGGCUGUAAAUCUUUGAAUAUAGCAUCAAAAUGCUAGAUUUUGGUCUGAACAUUAAGAACAUUAAGACUUAAGAUUAUUAUCAAAUCUAUAUUUAAAAAUUGCAAUUAAUUUUUUUUCUGAUGUAUUUUAUUGUUCUUUUUUAAAUUUCUUUUAAAUUUCUAUGAUUUUUUUUAACUAUGUUUAUCAGUGUUUUUCAGUGGAAAUCGUCGGCAACACUAUUUUAGUCAUAAAUAACAUGAACUCUAUUGAUUUUUAACAGUAGAAUAAAAAUAAUGAUACAUUUCUGAAUUUGGGUUACAAACAGAAUUUGCAUUGGAUCUCAAAUUUGUUCUUAAAAGUUUCACGAGACUUGAAGAAAAAAAUUCAUGAAACGUCACUGCACCAUCUUUACGCAAUACAGAUUUAUCGCGAAAAAUGUGGAAGCGAGGCUGAUUUUGCCCCCCCCCCCAUCCCAUGCUGGAUAGGGUAAAAGUGUAAAUCUUCAAGGGAUUUAUUCUCUUUAAGCCUUGCUCAUACAUUUGUUGUGUAUUAGGCUGCAUAUUGCUGCAUUAGCAGAGAAAAGCAGAAUGCAGCCUAAUGACAAAUAUUAUGCUAAAAAACAUUUGGUUGCAAUCACACUUUUGUGUAUGAGUUUGUUUGAGCUGUUACAGCACGUCUUAAAGCAAGGUGAUGCAAGCUAAAUUGAUGAGUUAUGCUGCAUUGGCCAGUACUGCUCAUUGUUUCUCAUCUUUGUUUGCCAGGGCUCACAUGUUCAGGUGUACCCAGAGCUAGAAUGCAAGGCCUCUGCGUUGGCAUGCGUAUUGACCUCAUAUUAGCUUGUUUCGUUGCAUUGAGUUGCCCUUCAUUGUCAUUUUUUGCAUUCAGGAUUUACACUGUGAAAAUGGACAAAAAGUUUUGAACUAGUUUGCAAUAGAGAUUGCAAUUAAUGUGCAUCUACAAAUUGAGUAGUUUUAUUGAAAAAAAUAUUGACAUUUAAGAGAGUACUUCCAGUCUUCAGGUGUAGAGAUUGUUUUCUUUCUGAGAUAAAUUGUGUGAGUAAUGUAUCCUUCAUUGACAUAUAGGGCCUUUCUGCAGAUUCUGCAGAUUUCUGCAGACAAGAUAGGUGCAUAUAUGGGAGAAAAAACACUGAACAUCUCCUUUGCUAUCUUGCUGCAUGAAAUGCAUAAAUUUCCCACCCUGAAUUCCAUGUUACCUCCCUAAGUGAUAAGAUAGUAACCCUAUUCAUUUCACUUGAUAAAUCAUUGAAUAAUAGGUCAGACACUGAUAUACUUUAUAUUUAUAUAAUGUGUUAGCAACUAUCAUCCGUGAAGUGAAGUAAAUGGAACACAAUGAUAAUGAAGAUGACUUUUAAUCAGAGGGAUUCUUUUCAUUCAAAGAGCUGUAAAAAUGCAUGAAUAAAAAUGAUA